AGGUGAUUCCAUCACUCAUUUCCACUCACCUUAUAAAAGGCAAGAUCAUUUAAAUGACCCAAAAAAUCUUAUACCCUCAACCUCAAUCCUUAAACCCUAGCCGCUGCUGUUCAGUGCUUCUCGUCUUCUUUAAGGUACUUGUGAGGCCUAACAGCUGAAAAUCAUAAUGGCAUUGUGUAAUAACCUCAGAAAUCUCUUGAGGCAGAGUGCUACUCAGAGCAGACAAGCACCUGCUGCAUCUAUGCUUAAUUAUGUUCGCUGCAUGUCUUCAACUAAGCUAUUCAUUGGAGGUCUUUCAUAUGGUGUUGAUGAGCAGUCUCUUAGGGAUGCAUUUUCAAGCUUUGGUGAUGUGGUCGAGGCAAAGGUUAUCACUGAUAGGGACACUGGAAGGUCAAAGGGAUUUGGAUUUGUCAACUUCAACAAUGUGGAGUCAGCAGGUGCAGCACUCUCUGCAAUGGAUGGGAAGGAGUUAAAUCAACGAAGCAUUCGGGUGAGCUAUGCAAAUGAUAGGCCUGCUGGACCUCGAUCUGGUGGUUAUCGUAGGGAUGAUGAUUUUGGUGGCCCAGCCUUUUAAGUCUGUUCCUUCAUGUUUGUUGGCUAUAUCAGUAGCGCAUAUACAAUUUUGUAUACACUGACAUGGAUCAAAUAAUGUUUUUAAUCCUGACUUUUAUGUGUACUUCGUUUUAUGAACUGCAAUAAGAAAGAACAUUACUAUG